UCUUCCUCUCCCUAUCAUUCCUCCCCUCCAUGCAAAACAAACUCACUCCCGAUUACUACAAAAAAACCUGUCCCAACUUCCUCGAAACCGUCCGAAAAAUCGUUAAAGAAAAACAACAUAACACGCCCUCCACCGCCGCCGCCACCCUCCGCCUCCUCUUCCACGACUGCAUGGUCGGCGGCUGCGACGCCUCCAUCCUCGUCACCUCCAACGCCUACAACACCGCCGAGCGCGACCACGCCGUCAACCUCCAACUCUCCGGCGACGGCUUCGACGCCGUCUUGCGUGUCAAGAACGUCCUCGAGCUGGAGUGCCCGAACGUCGUCUCGUGCGCCGACAUCCUCGCCGCUGCCGCCAGUGAACUGGUGGCGAACUCCGGCGGACCCACCUUCACGGUCCAAUUCGGGCGAAAAGACUCCCUGGAAUCGAAAAUCUCCAGCUCGGAAAACCAGUUCCCGUUACCGAACAUGACUAUGUCCCAAGUGAUCCCCCUCUUCGCCAAAAAAGGGUUCUCCGUGCAGGAAAUGGUGGCCCUGAUCGGCGCACACACCAUAGGGAUGUCGCACUGCGACCAGUUCGUCCACAGGCUCUUCCGCUUCAGCAAAACUUCGGAAACUGACCCCGCCUAUAACCCGGAGUACGCGGCGGGGCUGAGGAAACUCUGCGAGAACUACACGAAGGACCCUACCAUGGCGGCUUACAAUGACGUGAUAACUCCGGUGAAGUUCGACAACAUGUAUUUCAAGAACUUGCGGCGAGGGUUGGGGUUGCUGGCCACUGACACUGCCCUCUUCACUGAUCCCAGAACGAAGCCCUUCGUUGAGAAAUACGCCGAUGAUGAAGCCAAGUUCUUCCAGGACUUCGCUCUUGCCAUCGAAAAACUCAGCGCCUUGGACGUCAAAACCGGAAAGGAUGGAGAGGUUCGGAACAGAUGUGAUGCCUUCAACGCGCUUUAUGGGUGAUCUCAGACAUUCACAAAGAUUGCACUUUUCGCUUUC